CAUUUUACCUGUUUGUGAGGCAUUUUUUCUCCUGGAAGAGAGGUGCUGAUUGGCCCCAAGUGACUGACAAUCUGGUGUAACGAAAAUUUCCAAUGUAAACUCAUUUUCCCUCGGUUUCAGCAAUUUUAAAUCUAUAUAUAGAGAUAUCUCUGUCAGCAUUGCAUCGUUAGCUUCUCCUGAUAAACUAAUUGUCUCACAUUGUCACUGCAAAUUGACACCUAUUAAUGGGUCUCACCUCCCAACUGCUUCCCCCUCUGUUCUUCCUGCUAGCAUGUGCCGGCAACUUUGUCCACGGACACAACUGCCAUAACGCCUUACGGGAGAUCAUCGAAACUUUGAACAGCCUCACAGAGCAGAAGACUCUGUGCACCGAGUUGACCGUAACGGACAUCCUUGCUGCCUCCAAGAACACAACUGAGAAGGAAACCUUCUGCAGGGCUGCGACUGUGCUCCGGCAGUUCUACAGCCACCAUGAGAAGGACACUCGCUGCCUGGGUGCGACUGCACAGCAGUUCCACAGGCACAAGCAGCUGAUCCGAUUCCUGAAACGGCUGGACAGGAACCUCUGGGGCCUGGCAGGCUUGAACUCCUGUCCUGUGAAGGAAGCCAGCCAGAGUACGUUGGAAGACUUCUUGGAAAGGCUAAAGACGAUCAUGAAAGAGAAAUAUUCAAAGUGUCGGAGCUGAAUAUUUUAAUUUAUGAGUUUUUAAUAGCUUUAUUUUUAAAAUAUUUAUAUAUUUAUAACUCAUCAUAAAAUAAAGUAUAUAUAGAAUC